AUGUCUGAAGAUAUUCCAUCGCAUGAUGUAAUCAUCAUUGGUGCCGGGCUCUCUGGCAUCUACUCCGUGGUGUCGAUGCGCCGACUAGGACUCCGCGCACGUGUCCUUGAACGAGGCGGGAACGUGGGCGGCGUCUGGUAUUGGAAUCGAUACCCCGGUGCCCGCUUCGACUCGGAGAGCUACACCUAUGGGUUCUCAUUCUCCCAGGAAGUUCUAGAUGAGUGGGAAUGGAAAGAGCAUUACUCGGCCCAGCCUGAGACGAUAAAGUACAUCAACUUUGUGGUGGACAAGUUAGGAGUGCGGGACGACUUCCAGUUUAACACCGAGGUACAAAGCGCUCAUUACCAGGAGGCCUCGCGCACAUGGCUCGUCACCGACACCAAGGGCAACACCUACACCUCGCGCUUCCUGAUAAAUGCUCUGGGUCCGUUGACAACACCUCAGCUGCCGAACAUCCCUGGCGUUAAAGAUUAUAAAGGCACGGCAUAUCAUACUUCGCGGUGGCCGCACACACCCAUCACCUUCGAGGGCAAGCGGGUCGGCGUGAUCGGAACGGGAGCGACUGGUAUUCAGACCAUCCAGGAGGUGGCCAAGACAGCCGAUGAGCUGUUCGUAUUUCAGCGGACACCCAAUUGGACCGCGCCAAUGCGCAAUAGCGAGAUCUCCAAGCAAGAAAUGAAAGAGAUCCAAAACAACUAUCCACAGAUAUUCCAUCGGUGCCGGCAGAGCCCCAUGGGUUUUCAGUACUACCCAGACAAGCGUAAGGCGCUAGAAGUGCCUAAGGAAGUGCGCGAGCAGUUCUGGGAGGAGUUGUAUGUGCAACGCGGAUUGGUCAAAUGGUUGGGCAACUUUCAUGAUAUCUUCAUUGAUCAGGAAGCCAAUGACCUUAUCUCCGCGUGGAUGGCGGAUAAGGUGCGUCAGCGUGUGAACGACCCCGUGCUGGCUGAGAAGUUGAUUCCCACAGACCACGGCUUCGGCACCCGUCGCGUGCCCCUUGAGAGCAACUACUACGAACUUUACAAUCAGUCUAACGUAAAGUUAGUGGAUCUACGUGACACACCCAUAGAACAAAUUACCAAAACUGGCAUCAAAACUGCAGGUGUGGACAAGGAAUACCCCCUCGAUGUCCUUAUCUACGCCACAGGCUUUGAUGCCAUCACCGGCUCAUAUGAGCAAAUCGACUACCGAGGGCUAAAUGGCAAGAAGCUGGCUGACAAGUGGAAGGACGGACCUAAAACUUACCUAGGCUUGACUGUUGAGGGCUUCCCCAAUAUGUUCAAUGUGCUGGGCCCUCACCAAGGCUCAGGGAAUAUCCCGCGUAGUAUUGAAUAUGCUGUCCAGUGGGUGACUCGUUGCAUCAAGUACUGUCAAGACCAUGGCUACACGUACUUCUGCCCAGACAAGGCAGGUGAGACGCUGUGGACAGACCAUGUUCUCAAAUGUACCGAGGGACUGCUCUCAACUAAAGUGAACUCGUGGAUGACUGGAUACAACUCGAACAAGUUGACUAAGAGCGAGAGGACGGUGAUCCGAUAUAGUGGCAGUUUGGUUGAGUUCCGCCGGCGAUGCGACGAAGUAGCUGACAAGGGCUAUCCUCAUAUAGACUUUGCGUAA